GGACACAAUCGCAGCACUCCAUUUGGGUGACUUUAAAGUUGUUAGAACUCACGGGUUCACAUCUCCCCCGACCCCCAAAAUCCCCCUUUUAAAACCUCACCCUCUUCCCCCUAAUCUGCAACAAACAACCACUCUAUCAGAUUCACACCUACAAAUGGCUUUCAAUCUCACCGCCAAGGACAAGAGAAUAAGCUUGGAGCAAAAGGAACUUCUGUGUUGCAAAUACUACGUUUCUGAAUCCCGCAAUCGCUCUGUACUGGAAGCCAUCGAGAGAGCUGUAAGCCAAGACCCAGAUUCUGUAAUCGUCAACAAAUUCGAAGACAGAGCUUACAACAGGACCAGAUACACCAUCGUCUCCUACGUCGUCCACGACGCUAAAGGAAACGCCAUUUACAGCCCAUUGCACCAAACAGUUCUGGCCAUGACUGAGGUUGCUUUCGCUGACAUCAACCUCGAGUCCCAUUCUGGCGCUCACCCUCGUCUUGGAGUCGUCGACGACAUCGUUUUCCAUCCCCUGGCUCGGGCGUCACUUCACGAAGCCGCUUGGCUCGCUAAGGCGGUCGCUAAGGAUAUGGCCACUAUGUUUCAAGUGCCUGUUUUUCUGUACUCUGCGGCUCAUCCAAGCGGGAAGGCGCCGGACGAUUUGAGACGGGAGCUUGGGUAUUUCCGGCCGAAUUACAAUGGGAAUCAAUGGGCUGGGUGGUCGAUGCCGGAAACUUUGCCGGAAAAGCCUGAUGAAGGUCCGAAUUCUGUAUCUCGAGAGAGGGGAAUUACAAUGAUCGGUGCGCGUCCGUGGACGGCGAUGUACAAUGUUCCGAUAUUGUCGACCGAUGUGGCCGCCACUCGGAGAAUAGCGCGGAUGGUGAGCGCUAGAGGAGGAGGGCUGCCGACGGUGCAAACCAUAGGGCUUCUUCACGACGAUGAGACGACGGAGAUAGCCUGCGUUUUGCUGGAGCCCAACCAGAUCGGAGCCGAUCGUGUCCAGAGACGGGUAGAGGUUCUUGCCGCCCAAUUUGGGUUGGAAGUUGAGAAUGGUUAUUUCACCGAUUACUCGCCGGAGAUGGUUGUCGAGAAAUACUUGAAUUUGAUCGCCGGAGAUCACUGAUUACCAAUGAUUUCUGUAAUGGAGAUUCGGAUUUCGUAAUAAAAUGGAAAUGGAAAUUGUAAAAA